AGUUCACCUCGAACUUACCUGCAUGUCUGUGCCUGCCUGCAGCUGCACAGUGACAGGUUAUUAUUUUAAAAUUUUGGCGGAUGGAUGCCAACCGCCGUGAAAGGCAGAAAAGGAAAAGAAAGAAGGGGAAACUUGAGUGGGUGGGAGUAACCACCAGACACAUGCAGCAGAAAUGGCACAGUGUGGAGUUAUACAUGUCUUUUUUGCAUUGGGAAUCUUUCAGAAAGGUCUAACAGCUGUGAUACAGACACAGCAGACUGUGGUGGCAGCAGUGGGAGAAGACGCUCGUCUCAGCUGUCAGCUCAUGCAACAUAAAGAAGUUCUUCAGGUCACAUGGCAGAAAGUUUUACCUGAGGGGGAGAAGAAUCUCGCCACCUACAGCAAACACUUUGGUUCCAGAGUGAUUCCUGACUUUAGAGAGAAAGUGGAGAUAAAAGAUGCUGGACUGAAGAACUGCUCCAUAGUUAUUAGAGAGGUGAUGGAGCAGGAUGAAGGCUGCUAUCUCUGUUUGUUUAACACCUUCCCUGACGGUGCUCUCGCUGCUACAACCUGCCUCCAACUCUAUGAGCUGCAUGAACCCAUUCUACAUGUUAGAGAAUCAAACUCUACUCAGGAGUCACUUGUGUCCUGCUCGGCCACAGGACGACCUGCUCCAACACUGACACUCAAUGUCACGCAGCCACACCUCCACUUCUCACGCUACAACACUGUCAGUGUCCACAGCAGCGAUGGUACAGUCACUGUCACCACUACAGCUGUGCUGUCAGGUUUCCGUGACAACAGCGCACAGGUUGGAUGUGCGGUGCGAGUGCUCUCCGGUCACAAAGAGGUGUUUAUGAUGAUUCCUGAGGUCAAACAGACGUCUGCUGAUGGUUUUCAAUCUGGAUCUAAUGACAGAACCUUCAUCAGGACUUGGAUUGUGUUAGUGGCCUUUGGUUGUGCUGCUGCUGCUUUGCUCAUCACUGUCCUGCUUAAACAAAAACAUCACAACAGUCUGUCACACAGAGACCAUGAGAUGAGUGAGAUGCCUCAAACUACAGACAGAGACACUGAUCUGACCCAAAAACCUCUCGUCACACAGGAGAACAAUCAGGUCAGGAAAGAGACACCUACUGAGAAUAAUCGAGAAAGUGACAAUCCAUCAUCGUCAUCUUCAAUAGAGAGAAGACUUCAUCUUGACUGAUGUUAACUGUUUAGUAAAACACAAGGACUGACUCACUGUUGAACCAAUGAGGAUUUGAGUUCAACAGUGACCUCAACAAAACUGCAUCAAAGCUUGAGAGACAACAUAUCUCAGUGCUUUGACAAAACCUUGAAAGUUUACAUUAAAAUCUCCACACAGCAGUUUUUACAUGUAUUUAUAAACUGUAUUUUUCAACCUGGAAAAGAACUGACAAAAUAAAGAUCAGUGAUUUUAGAAAGUGUGAUGUUUUGUUGACUUAUUAGAGGUGUAUGUUUCAUUUGACAUUGGUAAUUAAUCAUCAGU